GCACCUUCCUGUUCGGCUCUGCCUAUCUUGGGCUUUUGAAUUUCUCAGGAGUAGUGCCGUUGGGGAGGAGGGACUGAUAGAUUUUCCCCUGGGAGAAGAAAUGCUCAGGAAGAGUCCCUUCUUGUUGCUUAAGUAUCUCACACAGCUACUUUGUUGUUUAGCAAUCCCUACAUCCUAAAAAGAAAAAAAAAACAUUUGGUGGGAAACAAGUCUAUUUAUUGACCACAACAUAAGGGCAAAAAAAAUCUCCUCAACACUUCUAUGAAAGGUUGGUUUGAAGGAAGACAGUUCCAAUCGAAGGCCGAGCUCUGUCUAUUUGAGAGAAAAUGGCUGAUGGAACAGCGGUUUGCCUCCAAAAACGGGCUGCACGAAAGCGUCCAGAGGUGAAAAUGGAAGAGAGCAACCCAACAGCUUCCAGACUAACCGAAGGAGCGGAAAGAUCUGGAAGAUCCCCUCGCAUCAUUCAAGUCGGGACCAUCCGGGAGCUUCUCAACUGGGCCGCACCACUGGAAGUGAAAGAGGAAGCCGACGAAGGGUUAUCACAGCGGUGGGAAGCCCAGUGGCAGGAGUUCCUCAAGGCCCUGCAGUCCCCUCAGUUGGGGUGGGGAAGCCCACAGUUGAUGGAGGAUGCCGCGCUCUGGGGGGAUAACAAGGCCUUCUUCGCCUCUUUUGAGCGACUGGCUGCCACCUGCCAGUUGCCCCGUCGGGAGUGGCUGGCCCGCUUGCUGCCUGUCUUGAGUCGAGAGGCCAAAGAGGCGUACAGCAACCUCAGCCUUCGAGACCGCGGGGAAUACACCAAGGUCAAAGCGGCCAUUUUGCGUGUGGAUGCCGUCAAGAUGGAGACGCAGCGUCUGCGCUUCCGACAGUUCCGCUACCAUGAGAUGAAGGGGCCCCGGGACGCAUGCAGCCAGCUCCGCAAACUCUGCCACGGUUGGCUGAAGCCGGAGAAGCGGACCAAGGAGCAGAUCCUAGACCUGCUGGUCCUUGAGCAGUUCUUGACUGUUCUGCCCAAGGAGAUCCAGAGCUGGGUCAGGGAGCAUGAUCCAGAAACCUGCGCUCAAGCAGUGCCGCUGGCAGAGGAUUUCCUGCUGAGGCGGCGAGAGGCUGAAAGGAAGGAGAAACAGAGGCUGGAGACCAGAGUGGUGAAUUGGCCGGAGACGAAGCCAUUUCCUGCGGCAUCAGGGCUGAAGCAGUUCUGCAAAGUGGCCAAACCAGAAGAAAGCAGAGUUCUAGACAAAGCAUGCUCCAGCAGCGACCGUGUGGAAAAAAGAGCAACCCGGAGCACCGAGAACGGGCUGAAGAUUCCUAGUAGAGCCCAGCCAGGACAAAGGGCCUUCCAAAGCCCUGACAGCAGGAAAAGUUUGCACUCAAACCAAACGCUCCUUAAGCAUCAGAAAAACCACGUUGCCGAGAGUCCUCACCAGUGCUCUGAUUGCGGGAAGCGCUUCACUCAGCGUUCGAGCCUGACCAUCCACCGGAGGAUCCACACCGGAGAGAAGCCGUACCCCUGUCCCCAGUGCGGGAAAUGCUUCCGGCAGAGUUCCAACCUUCUCAAACAUCAGAGAAUCCAUUCUGGGGAGAAGCCACACCAGUGCCCAGAAUGCGGAAAGUGCUUUGCCCAGCGCUCGAAUCUCCUCAUCCACCAGAGGACCCACACGGGGGAGAUGCCCUACAUAUGCUCUGAGUGCGGGGCAUGCUUUAGCCAGCACCGAGGCCUCGUGACUCAUCAGAGAAUCCACAUGGAAGAGAUGCCCUAUGGAUACGGCUGCCCAGACUGCGGGAAAUGUUUCCAGCAAAACUCAGACCUCACUAAACACCUGAGAGUCCACACGGGCGAGAAGCCAUACAGCUGCCCCGAGUGUGGGAAGAGCUUCAGCUACAGCUCAAACCUCAGCAAGCACCAGAGAAUCCACACGGGCGAGAAGCCGUAUCUCUGCAACGUGUGUGGGAAAAGCUUCAGCCACUUGUCGACGAGGAAUACGCACCAGCGGGUCCACACAGGGGAACGACCCUACGGCUGUACCGAGUGCGGGAAAAGAUUCAUUUCCAGCUCCAAACUCACAAGGCACCUGCGAACCCACUCAGGGCACACCCCUUACAUCUGCAAUGAAUGUGGGAGGAGCUUCAGCUCUCACGGCACUCUGACUACACAUCAAAGAAUCCACUGUGCUGAGAAUUACAGCGUGAAAAGUUCUUGGGAGGCUCUGGAGCAGAGGCUGGGUGGCCCUGUAGGCAUUGAGUCACCUUUGUGAUGGGAUGCCACAUUCUGUUUAGCCUGUCCUGAUCGCGUAUGACAUUAUAGGAAAGGUGCUAGCUCCUAAGGUGUUGGAAGUCUGUGUAAUGCAGGCAGGAAGGAGGUAGGAGAGGAUGUAGGAUUAGUCUGGUGGCUUUGGAAGUAGAGGUAGGGUAGCGAGAAGGCAGGAAGGCAAGGCUUAGAUUGCUGGUUAGUUGUAGAACAGAGUAAAAACCCAGUGAGGUAAACACUUCUCACGCUCUUGCCAUAGCAAACCUUCCCUGUGCACCAGAGCAAAUGUUGUGAGCCUCCCUUUAGCAAAGCAUGCCCCCCUCCAUGAAACAGAAUGAUAGCUAACAAGAAACCUCCAUGGUUAGAGGCAGUAUACCUUUUGAGUCCCAGACGCUGGUGACGAACAUGGGAAAUAUAUUACCCUCAUGCUCUGCUUAAAAACAUCCUGGAAAUGCUUAGCUAAUCCCAGCUGGCAACAGGUUACUGGAUUUAGGCCGCAAUCCUAAGAAUGCUUUCUUGAAAGUAAGCCCCAUUGAAUAAUAUGGGACAUUCUUCUGUGUAGACCUGUUCAGAAUCGCUCCUUUAGUGAUUUAUUCUGGUUCCGUGUAGCAGUUCAUACCUUUUGAGGGACAGUUGUGCUAUUUACGGAGAAUUGUACCACAUGUCCUGGACAAUAAGUGGUCACGUCAGUUUCCAGUCAAGGCAGGGCGACACUUGCCUUCCACCCUCUAAGUCCCAGAUUCAAUCCGUGUAAUUUCCAAAUAAACGGGGAUUCUUUAAUUUCUGGAAAUAACUUUCUCUGCCUGAAACAAGGGAGAGGGCAGGAAGAGCAUCCUGAGCUAGGUGGACAAAUGGCUUUUGUGUUCUUCUUUCGGGCAAGUUUUGAUUGGAACCAGACCUGGAAUUGAUUGGAAUUUUUUUAGCCACCCCUCCCCCCAGCAUUUCCUACCUAGAGGAGAGAUUAUAGGUUACAAGAAGGGCCCUUAACUUAGAAGUUCUCCAUCUGUACACUUUUCUUGGUUUGAACUCUUUUUUGCAGAGCGCCAAGAAACACAAAUGGUGGUUUUCCAGGAGACAGGGCGGCUUCUACCUUUAAGUAAAAUCUAAGGUACAAUUAAAGGGCAGGAAAAAAACUUCGGUCAAACCCACUGGCAGGAAAAUGUCUGCCUUAACUUAGAAGGCAGGCAUAAGUUUUCCACACCGUACUGUCCCCGGUAUCUCAGUUCAAAAGGAUUAUAGUUAGCAGGUGCUGAGAAAGACUUUGGAGAUCUGUUGCCAGACAGAGGUAGACUGCAGUGAGCUAGAGGGCUCAGUGGGAAAAUUCAGCAGCCUCUCAUGACAGACAUCCUGUUUUGCAUGCAGAUGAUCCCAGGUUUAAUCCGCGGCAUCUUCAGAGGGUCUCGGUUAGUCUGGCUAAGAAAGGCAUGCUUGGAGCGCCCCUGUCAAAAAACAUAGAGAGUACUAGACUCAGUAUACGACAGCACCAGCCACAUUCUGCAGAGAUGAAUGGCUGUUUUUCCCCCAGGUCAAUUCUACACGGUGGGAAAGCCUUAUGACAUCAGCGAAACACCAAAGGGAAUUGUGUGUGUGCAGUCGAUAGCAUGAUAAUUGGAGUAGGUAGGAGGACCACCGGGAACACAUUUAAAAAGUUCCUGCUCAGAAUGGCUGAGUGCCAUCCCACCAGGGGACAUCCCACCGGGCUUCCUGUCUGAGCAGCCGAGGGAAGCAAGCUUGCAUGCUCAUAGCUGUCAGUCACUGCUUGCCACUUCAAGCUCGGUCCAGACACAUCCACAGCAAAAUGAGUGGUCAGGGGUGUAAGGCGGGAAGCUGGGUUUGGCCAAUUCAAACUGCAGAAAACUGGUGCUUCAGGGAGAAAGGGUCCUGGUCAGCCAUCACAGCUGCUCCUAGUUUUCUACUUGCAGGGAGAUUUAAAUGCGAUAAAAGGCAAAGGCAGUACCCCUGUGCAAGCAUCAAGUCAUUACUGACCCACGGGAGGAUGUUCUAAGACAGCGGUGGCACUCAGAGCCUUUUCUGUGGGCACGCAUGCACAAGAGUUUGUCAUGUAGGAGGA